UUCCAGAGCGCAUAGCCAUAUUCCACUCAUAUCAUUUCAAUCGGUCAAACAGAUCGCACAUGUUUUGAGAGUUCAGUGCUGUGUUAUUUCACCGGUGUCAUUUGAGUUGAUUAGCAUAUCAAAAUUCGUUUCAAUUGCAGCUCUUUUGUUAACCCGUGAAACAUGAGUGCUGCUAUAAAAAAUGUGCUUGUCGUAGGCACUGGUGGCCGUGAGCAUGCGAUCUGCUGGAAGCUAACCCAGAGUGUCAAAGUGGCUAACAUAUUCGCUCUUCCUGGAAGUCCAGGAAUUGCCCAACUGGACAAAGUUACUCUGGUCACCGAUGUUAACGUGAAGGAUUUCGAUGCCAUAGUAUCCUGGUGCAAGAAUAAUGCAAUAAAUCUGGUUGUCGUCGGCCCGGAGGAUCCCCUCGCGCUCGGAUUGGGAGAUAAGUUGCUGGCGGCCGAUAUUAAGUGCUUUGGACCCACGCAAAAAGGUGCCAGGAUCGAGUCAGAUAAAAACUGGUCUAAAGAUUUUAUGCAUCGAAAUGGAAUACCAACGGCACGGUACUCGUCCUUUGAUAAAGCAGCGGACGCUAAAGCGUUCAUUCGAAGCGCAUCCUAUGAAGCACUGGUGGUGAAAGCUAGUGGACUUGCAGCCGGAAAGGGUGUCAUCGUAGCCGAUAGUCAAGAUCAGGCAUGCGCCGCAGUGGAUGAAAUUUUGGGCGAUAGGAAGUUUGGCUCCGCUGGUGAUGUCGUCGUAGUGGAGGAAAAACUGUCCGGCGAAGAGGUGUCCGUACUAGCUUUUGUCGAUUCAAAGACAGUGCGUGUAAUGCUACCCGCACAGGAUCACAAACGGCUGUGUAAUGAUGACCGCGGACCAAACACUGGUGGAAUGGGCGCCUACUGUCCUUGUCCGAUCAUUAAACCCCACGAGCUAGAGAUUGUUACGAGAGAAGUACUGCAGCGAGCGGUCGAUGGAUUGCGCAAAGAAGGCAUUAAAUACAACGGAGUAUUGUAUGCUGGUAUGAUGCUUACACCCAAUGGUCCAAAAACUUUGGAAUUCAAUUGCCGUUUCGGUGAUCCAGAAACACAAGUAAUCCUACCCCUAUUGGAGAGUGAUUUGUACGAUUUGAUGGACGCCACCUGUGAUAAUCGGUUGGAUAACACUCAGCUUCGCUUCCGCGAUGGUCUCAGCGCUGUUGGAGUUGUCAUGGCCAGCAAAGGCUAUCCAGAAACGUCCACCAAGGGAUGCGUUAUAAAAGGCCUUGAUUCGAUUGCGGAAAGGCGAGAUCAUCUUGUGUUUCACAGUGGUGUAGGAAGAAACGCAGACGGGGACUUCGUUACAAAUGGAGGCCGUGUAUUGAUCAAUGUUGUUCUGCAGGAGAAUCUGCGAACAGCAGCAGCUCUAGCCACAGCCGCCUGUUCUGAUGUGCAUUUCGACGGCUCACAGUACCGAACUGAUAUCGCCCAGAAGGCAUUUAAACAUUUAAGUCUCUCGUACAAAGCAAGUGGAGUCGACAUAGAUGCUGGUGAUGCACUGGUUCAACGUAUCAAACCCUUAGCUAGAGGAACCAAUCGUCCUGGAGUUAUAGGAGGUCUAGGAGGAUUUGGAGGAUUGCUUCGUCUAAAUGAGGUGACUUACGAGAACAACUUUGGACAACGUGUUCGCUACCAGGAUCCUGUGCUGGUACAAGGUACAGACGGAGUCGGCACUAAGCUUAAAAUUGCCGAAGCGUUGAACGUAUGGGAUACGAUUGGCAUAGAUCUGGUCGCUAUGUGUGUGAAUGAUGUACUGUGCGAAGGAGCUGAGCCGUUGGCUUUUCUAGAUUACAUCGCUUGCGGCGAACUGGAGGUGCCCGUUGCUGCUCAAAUCGUUAAAGGCAUAUCCGAGGGCUGUCGGGACUCCAACUGUGCGCUGCUAGGGGGAGAAACAGCUGAGAUGCCAUCCAUGUACGCCAGAGGUACAUACGACAUAGCCGGUUAUUGUGUGGGUGUUGUUGAACACGAAGCCAUGUUGCCGCGCAUUCCGGACAUACGAGAGGGUGAUUUAGUUAUCGGCUUACCAUCUAGUGGUAUUCAUAGCAAUGGAUUCAGCCUUGUUAACAAAAUUUUAAAUACCAGUGGAUAUAAUCUCAAAGAUGUGGCAUCGUUUAGUGAAAAUGGAUUUUCACUUGGUCGCGAGCUGUUAACACCCACCCAGCUUUAUGUCAAACCGGUAUUGCCUGUGCUUCGGAAGGGUAUGGUUAAAGCUCUGGCCCACAUAACAGGAGGCGGUUUACUAGAAAACAUUCCAAGAGUUUUACCUAGUGGCCUCGCAGUACGGAUAGAUGCAAACAGCAUCAAUAUUUUACCGGUAUUUGGUUGGUUAGCAGCAAAUGGUAACGUUUCGGAUUUGGAGAUGCUAAGAACGUUCAAUUGCGGUAUAGGAAUGGUGCUGGUGGUGCCUGCCGGAGAUAAAACCUGGGAGCCGUUGCAGUCUUGUGGUGGUUGCAUAAUCGGCCAUAUUAUACGUCGAAAGUCCGAUUUGUCUGAUCAAGUAAUAGUUGACAACUUCAACCAUGCAAUCGUCAAAGCAUCAGAACCAUUCCGAACGAAGGAUUUAAAACCUUCGAUUUCGUAUAAGGAUAGCGGCGUAGAUAUUAAUGCUGGCGAAAGUCUAGUCGCAAAAAUCAGGCCACUGGCUAAAUCAACCGUUAGAAAUGGAUGUCUCCGAGGUUUGGGUAGUUUUGGUGCACUGUUCCGACUGAAAGACGCAGGUAAAUUCAACGAUCCUGUUCUAGUCUUGGGUACAGAUGGUGUUGGAACAAAACUGAAAAUAGCCCAAGAGAUAGGUUCACAUAGUUCGAUCGGCAUUGAUUUAGUCGCAAUGUGUGUCAAUGAUAUCCUCUGCAAUGGAGCUGAUCCAGUAAGUUUUCUCGAUUACUACGCCUGUGGUCGUCUAGAUGUUGAAGUUGCAGAAAACGUGAUUUCAGGAAUAGCAAAUGGGUGCUUACAGAGCGGAAGUGCUUUGGUUGGUGGAGAAACAGCUGAGAUGCCCGGAAUGUACGGAGAAGGAAAAUAUGAUCUAGCCGGUUUCGCGCUUGGGGUGGUUGAGAAUGAUAAAAUGCUCCCCAAAAUCGAAACUAUUGUGGAAGACGACGUAAUCAUAGGACUACCGUCGUCAGGCGUCCACAGCAAUGGAUUUAGUCUGGUGCAUAAGAUACUGGAACAUGCCGGAGUUACCUAUAAAGACGUUGCACAUUUUAGCGCGUCUGAUAAAACUUUCGGAGAAGAGCUACUUGCUCCCACAAAAAUCUACGUAAAAGAAUUACUACCACUGUUGAAGCAUAAUGUGGUUAAAGCGUUGGCACACAUAACUGGUGGCGGGCUAUCGGAAAACAUACCCAGAGUUUUGCCACAUCAUCUAGCAGUAGAAAUUGAUGCUAAAAAAUUCCACAUUCUGCCGAUUUUCGGAUGGCUUUCUAAACUAGGAAAUGUUACCGAAAAAGAGAUGUUACGAACAUUUAACUGUGGCAUCGGUAUGAUUUUGAUUACCUCUGGCAAAACCGCACAAUUAGCAUUAGAAACACUCAAAGGAACUGGAGCCUCACUAAUCGGACGGGUUGUAUCUGGUGAUUCUCAAACGGAAAAAGUAAGAGUUGUAAACUUUUCAGAGUCCCUCCGCAUAUCACAAUACACCUGCUGCCUGCCAAAAAAACGCAUUGCCGUUCUUAUUUCGGGAUCUGGAAGCAAUCUUCAGGCAUUGAUUGAUGCCACUAGAAACACCGCUUUUGGAGUGCGUGGCGAAGUUGUGUAUGUUAUUUCGAACAAAAGUGGUGUUUUCGGAUUAGAGCGAGCAUCAAAGGCCGGAAUUGCGUCGAAGGUAAUCCUCCACAGAAAUUAUCCUACCAGGGAACUGUUCGAUGCCGCCAUGUCCGAGGAACUCGAGAAGCAACGCAUAGAUUUGGUUUGCUUAGCUGGUUUCAUGAGAAUUUUGUCGGAAGGAUUUGUCAAAAAAUGGAAAGGUCGACUAAUUAAUAUUCAUCCGGCAUUGUUACCGAAGCACAAAGGAAUCCAUGCACAGCGCCAGGCUUUAGAUGCAGGUGACUCGGAAUCUGGAUGCACAGUGCAUUAUGUGGAUGAAGGAGUUGAUACGGGAGCAAUAAUUCUGCAAGAACGAGUGCCGAUUCUACCCGGAGACACCGAAGAGAUUCUAACGGACAGAAUUCACCAGGCAGAGCAUAUUGCUUUUCCCAAAGCCUUGCGAUUAAUUGCUAAUGGAUUGGUUAGUUUAGGUAGUGACGGCAAUGUUAAGUGGCUGUGACCACAACAUUGGAUAUACAUGACAUACCGAUAACUGAACUGUUUUACGUUCAACGUUAGCAGAUAAUUGUGAUAAAAUAAAUAUAUUUGGCUUUUGAAGUUAUUACGUACUACAGCAUUGAUAAGACUAUCAAGCCUUGAUAAAGAAAGAUUCACUGUCCGCCAUGCCAUGUUAAUAUUGCUUGCAUUGUUCUUAGGUUAUACAGUAUCUAUUUUUGAGAUAUAUUCAGAAAAAUACACUAAAGUUGCUUUCAA